AUGAGCGAGGCCCUGCUGUCACCGAAGGCCCUAGAAGCCAUCCGGGCAAUCGAGGAGAGCAAACGGAAUCAGAAACUAUGGUCGCGCGACGCGGUGCGCCUGCAGACGGCGCUGUUGCUGUGCAUGGCGAUGGCGUGCAACAGUCUGAUGAGGGGCAGCAUGUCGUUGGCCAUCGUUUGUAUCGUGGCGAGGAACGUGUUCCCGACUACGGCCAAUAACAAUGACACCACGGUGGCGGCGCCGGCGGAGGAUCGAUUUAAUGGGAAGUGCCCUGCUUUCAGUUUCAAUGCUUUUAAAGGCCAGGGAAAAUUCUGCUUUAAGAGAGAAUACCAAGUGGACUGGACCUCCGAGGAGCAGGGCCGGAUCCACACCGCAUAUUAUAUCGGUGCCUUUCUCGCCAUCCUCGCUACAGACUACAUUAUUCGAAGAUACGACCCGAAACCGGUGCUGUCAGUAGCGCUACUGCUAAACGCGAUCGGGUCGAUUUGUGCGCCGUUCUCCGUCAUUCUGCUACAACAUCAUUUGUACCUCGCCGCCGUGCGGUUUUUGAUGGGAUUUGGGAGUGGCCUCAUCGCCCCUUGCGGCCUGUUCAUCAUCUCCAAAUGGUUCCCGAUGACCGAGAAAAGCACUGCUGUGGCCGUAUUCACCACCGGGAAUCAGCUCGGCAUCGGCCUGUCGAUGAUCUUCACCGCCAAGCUGUGCCAGGCCACGUGGGGCGGCGGCUGGCCCCUAGCUUUCAUUGGAUAUGGCCUCCUCACCCUCGUCUACGUCAUCAUCUGGCAGUUCAGGGGCAGCUCGCGACCACGCUGUUCGAAAUAUAUCACGGCCACGGAAUUGGAGUAUAUUACAGGCCGUCGCGGCAUCAAAAGCCGAGCGAAAAGUGUCGUGCUCAAAACUCCCUGGAAAGAGAUUCUGUUCUCUCGCUGUGUGUCUGCUAUUUGCGUGAACGCCUUCGCGCAGUCGUUCGUCCUCGUGGCGAUGAUCACCUACCUGCCCAAGUUCAACCAGGAGGCGCUGGGCAUGGAUGUGGCCACCAACGGCAUGUGGUGCUCGGUGCCCUUCUUCGUGCAGACGGCCACCAAGAUGCUGUUCGGCAUGUGGGCGGACGCGAUGAAGAAGCGCGGAUGCAGCAGCACAGCAGUGACCUGGGCCUUCAAUGGAGUGGCAACCUUCGCCGCCUCCUUUUUCAUCGUUGCCGCCCCGCUCGCCGCGGCCAGCCCGACCCUGUCGAUGUUGUGCGUCUGCGCCGCUAUGGCGCUGUUUGGGGCCUUUGUGCCUGGGUAUAACACGGCCGUGGUGUGCGUUGCGCCGGAGUUCACGGCUACGAUCUCUUCCUAUCAACAGUUUUACUCGCAAAUUGGCAGCCUGCUGGCCCCGUUUCUCAUUGGGAUAAUCACGAGAAAGGGCACGUACGAAGAAUGGCGAACCGUCUACCUGAUGCUCGCUUUCGUUCUCAUCAUCGCCGGCCUUUUCUACCAAAUCUGGGGGCAUGGUAACGCCGAGCCUUGGGGCAAAAAUGACGGCUCGCAGCUGACGUCGAUUUGCAUCGAAAACGGGGAGCUCGACGAGAAGGGCGAUGGAACUAGCCGGCAAUCUUCGAGGGACUGUGAAGCCAACAUCCCGGAGACGAUCUACGAGCUGGAGAACGACGUGAUAGAGGAGGAAUCGGACCUGGGCGAUGAAAAAGCGGAUAAAUUGAGCGCUCCGAUGACGCGGCGAAGGCUACUUUCUAAAGACCCGGACCCGGAGAUGGUCAACCUCACCGGGAAG